CGAAACCCUCCCAGUCGGCUAGCCGCAACCCCAACCCCGCCGUCGCGUUGCCCCCACCCCGUUGCCAUGGCCUCCCCCGCCGCCGCUUCCCCCGCACGGCGCCUCUUCUCGACCAAGCCACGCACCCGACCACCCAAACCGGCGCCCGAGCCCGCGCAGGCUUCGAAAGCGCCGGCCGGCCAGGCGGCGGCGAAACCCGACGAGCGCCGCGAGUCCCGGAGUCUCAACAAAACCCUGAAGGCCAUCUUCCGGGAGCGCGAUCCGGACAAGCUGGUGUCCCGGUUCAUCGCCGGAUCGACCGCGUCUCGCUUCCGCAACAAGCACCGGGUGUACGAGGUGGCCGUGGCCCGCCUCGCCUCCUUCGGCCGCCACGACGCCAUUGCGGCCAUCAUCGACUCCCAGAAGCCGUUCAUCGAGGCCUCCAGCGUGGGCUUCGCCGCGCGCCUCGUCCGCCUCUGCGGCGGCGCCUCCAUGCCGUCCCACGCCGCCGCGAUCUUCCAUGGCCUUCCACCGAAGCACAAGUCCGUCAUGACCUUCAAUGCCCUCCUCGCCGCCUAUGUCGACGCCAGCGACUUCGACGCACUCACCACCACGUUCCAGCAAAUUCCGGCCUCACACCCCACCAUUAUACCCACUGUAUACUCUUACAAUAUACUCAUCAGUGCGUUGUGCCAGAAGCCGGAGCUCUCGGCUGCCCUCGAUGUCAUCGCGCUCAUGGAGAAGCGUGGUGUUUCCCCCGACAUUAUCUCUUUCAACAUUCUGCUCAAUGGGUUUUACAACAAUGAUAGCUUUGAUGAUGCCGAGAAAGUUUGGGAGAUGAUGAAGGAGAGGAAUAUUGAGCCGGAUGAGAAGAGCUAUAAUGCAAAGCUGCGUGGUUUGGUUUCCCAAGGGAGGGUUGAGGAUGCAGUUGCAUUGAUUGAGAGGAUGCAAAAGGAGGGACCAAAACCUGAUUCAGUGUCCUACAACGAACUGAUUCGAGGGUAUUGCAAGGAAGGGAGGUUGAAUGAAGCCAAGAAGGUAUAUGAUGAUCUGAUAAAGAAUGAAUGUGCACCAAAUCGGGGCACAUUUCAUACCCUUGUGCCACAUUUGGUGGAGGCUGGAGAGCUUGAUCGUGCUCUAAGUUGCUGCCAUGAGAUCUUUAGUAGGAAGUGCAGAGUGCAUUGCUCGUUGCUGCAGGGGGUAGUGACUGCAUUGAUUGCUGCAUCAAGGAUGGGGGAGGCUAAGAGGAUCGUUCAUCUUGGAAGGAAGAACUACUAUCCUCAAAAACAUUUGAGGAUGCCACCACAUACUAGAAAAGACGAGGGUUUGAAGAUGCCGCAACCUGCUGGAGAAGACAAUGAUGUAGAAGCUGAAACUGAUUCAGAAGAUUCUGUAUCAUAUGAAGAUGGGUACAAGGAAGAAGAGGAGUCGAAUAAUGCUCAGUGAGGAUAUACCUUUGUAAUUUAAGCAUUGAUGUGUCAUGGUGAUGCAAACUGAAUCUGCUCUCCUUCUUUGCUGGCCUGAUACAGCAGAAUUGCCUGUACAAUUGCAAUUCUCUAGCACUUUAGUAAGAUAAUGGUUUAUUUUGCUUCUCUAAUGUUAGGUUGAUUAGUAAAAACACCUCUACUUGUUAUACAUGAUAUUAGAAUCAAACCCCUAUUCUUCCCUAGAAUGGCUUGUUUUGGCUUUUUUGUUGCAGGUCUUCAAUAUUGUUAAUUACGUUUGUUUUAAUGCC